AUGUUCAACAUUCAGGGCCUCUCAGGGCUCUAUAGCCCCUCGAGCACCGCUUGGGUUUUGCUAGCAGGAAGCCUGGGAACGAUUCUGUUCUACACAGUUGCUCUUGUCCUGUACAAUGUCUACCUCCAUCCAUUGGCCCGAUAUCCCGGGCCAACGGCAAUGGCAGCCACGCGUAUACCCUACAUGCGGCUCACCAUCGGGGGCCGGUUUCCGCAAACGAUCAAGCAGCUGCAUGAGCGAUAUGGCAAGGUUGUGCGGAUUGCUCCGAAUGAGCUCUCCUUCACCGAUCGUGAGGCCUGGAAGGCCAUCUAUGGGACUCGGCCGCGGCAUGGCCAAAAGGGAAAGGAUUUCCGAUUCUACUCACCCACGGCUGGAGGCGCCCCGAGUAUCAUUGUCUCGAACGAUGCUGACCACUCCCGCUUCCGCCGCUUGAUGGCACAUGGAUUCUCCGAUAGCUCCUUGCGGGGCCAAGAGCCAAUCAUCUAUGGAAAUGUCGAUCUGCUCAUGCAGCGGCUGCAGGAGAAGUGUGAAGAAGGCGAGGUCGUUGACCUAGUCAAGUGGUAUAACUUCACCACCUUCGACAUUAUUAGGGAUCUAGCAUUCGGAGAACCCUUCGAUCGAUUGCCUCAAGAACUCCAACUAUCACCAAUGGGUGUCAAAACUGCUGCAUAUGCAAAUGUGGCUCGUCGCCUUCCGGGAUCCCUAGCGCUUCUGAAACUGAUCACACCCAAGCACAUCAUUGCGGAAAAAGAUAUACAUGCCGCUUUGACGACGGAGAAACAUGAGAAUACCGAAAAAGGGUUCACCACCCAGGAGCUAGUGAGCAACGGGAGUACGAUCAUCAUUGCUGGCUCGGAAACGACCGCGACUUUACUUUCGGGGGUGACCUACCUGCUAUUGAAAAGUCCCCGUGUGCUAUCCAAGCUCCAAGACGAGAUCCGAUCGACAUUUUCCGACGAAAGUGAGAUCGACCUGGAAUCCUGCAAUAAACUCGAGUACUGCCUUGCUGUCCUUACCGAGGCACUGCGGGUGUAUCCCCCAGUCGGACCGGGGCUUCCUCGUAUCGUUGACGCUCAGGGUGAUAUGAUAGCUGGAAACUGGGUACCAGGGGGUACUAUUGUCUCUAUCUCCCAGCUGGCUGCCAAUCAUUCUUCCGACAAUUUCACCGACCCCGAGCGAUUCAUUCCGGAACGUCAUCUCGGGGACCCUCGCUUUGCGAAUGAUAGCAAAACGGCAAUGCAGCCCUUUAGCUUUGGUCCCAGAAAUUGCAUUGGACGCAACCUGGCCUAUGUCGAGAUGCGUCUCAUACUUGCCCGCAUGGUCUUCAAUUUUGACAUGGAGCUCGAUCAGCCAGGUUCCGACUGGCUGCACCAGGAAUGCUUUCUCUUAUGGCAAAAGCCAUCUUUGCCAGUCAAAUCAAUCCCCAGACACAAGUAG